AUGAGCUGGCCUGAUGACCCGGACUCUCAGCUGCCAUCCCUGGGCCUGCCCUGCUCGCCUUGCCUGGGGACGGCGGGACUGGACCCUGAAUGUUUGAGCAACAAAGAAGCCACUGAAGUCAGGCCCAAUCUGCUUGUCGUUUCAUUUUUCAGUGGGACUACAGCUACCAGUUUCAACGAGUUCAAUAGCUGCAAAACUAUUCCAGAUGAUGUGAGGCAGAAAGUGCACCUGAAUACCUUUGGCUUCUUCAAGGAUGGUUUCAUGAAAGUCAAUGUCGGCAACCUUUCAUUGAAGCCCCCUGUGGGCUCUGAUGACAAGGGCAGCUUAUCAGUGGGGUUCAGUUUGGAUCGAACAAGGAAUGAUGGGUUCUCCACUUACCUGGAUGAAGAAGUAGAUUACUGUAUCUUGAAAAAGAAACCAGAGCGAGAUGUCUCUGUUGUCAUCUUACUUCUGGACUUCAAAACUGAAGUCGUGAAAGUACGGUUCUCUGCAGAAGCUGCUUCUUUGUUACCUAAAAUUUCAUUCAUGUCUGAGGAAAAUGUUACUGCCUUAAGUACCAAGCCGCAAAAAACCUCUGAACAGAGCAGUGAUUCUGGUAAAAAUCCUACAAAGACCAAUGAAAAUGCAGACAGCAAAGGGAAGCAGUCCAAACGAAGUACAACAUCAUCCCAGAGCAUAGUAGAACAAGAACAUCCUGUUCACAAUGACAGAGGAACUUUUUCAUUUCAGUUUUUUUUUAACAUCAGCUCUGAAAACCAAGAAGGUCUCUACAGCCUGUAUUUCCAUAAAUGUGUUGGCAAGGAUGGGGCGACUAAUGAUCAGCAGCUAUUUAGCCUCGAUAUAGAAAUUACGGAAAAGAAUCCUGAAAGCUACCUCUCGGCAGGUGAGAUCCCACUGCCAAAACUCUACAUUUCCAUGGCUAUGUUCUUCUUCCUGUCUGGGACUGUAUGGAUCCACAUACUUCGUAAACGCAGAAAUGAUGUCUUUAAGAUUCACUGGCUAAUGGCAGCCCUCCCUUUCACAAAAUCUCUGUCCUUAGUCUUCCAUGCGAUCGACUAUCACUACAUUUCUUUUCAGGGAUUUCCUAUUGAAGGCUGGGCUGUUGUUUAUUACAUCACUCACCUACUGAAGGGUGCUCUUCUGUUCAUCACUAUUGCCCUUAUUGGCACAGGCUGGGCUUUCAUUAAACACAUCCUGUCAGAUAAAGACAAAAAAAUUUUCAUGAUUGUCAUCCCACUUCAGGUCCUCGCAAAUGUGGCGUACAUUAUCAUAGAGUCAACAGAAGAGGGGACAACUGAAUAUGGACUGUGGAAAGAAAUCCUCUUCCUGGUAGACUUGCUAUGUUGCGGAGCUAUCCUGUUUCCAGUGGUAUGGUCAAUAAGACAUUUACAGGAAGCUUCAGCAACAGAUGGGAAAGCUGCCAUUAACCUAGCAAAGCUGAAGCUUUUCAGACAUUACUAUGUAAUGAUUGUGUGUUACAUUUACUUCACACGGAUCAUUGCAAUUCUCAUAAAGAUUGCUGUUCCAUUCCAGUGGAAAUGGCUGUACCAGCUGCUGGAUGAAAUGGCCACACUUGUCUUCUUUGUCCUCACUGGGUACAAGUUCCGUCCAGCAUCAGACAACCCUUAUCUACAGCUUUCUCAAGAUGAUGAGGAUGACUUGGAGAUGGAAGCUGUGGUGACGACUUCUGGAGUAAUGGAGGGCAUGAAGAAGGUCAAGAAAGUGGUGAAUGGUUCAAAAAAAACAGAGCCACGGGGCGAGUGGGAAAGUACGGCAUGAUGGACUGGACUAAGGCAGCACUUUCAGAGAAACUUUUUUAAUUUAUUAUUAUUACUCUCAGUGGAAAGGGAGCAACUAGCACUCCCCAACACUGAAACUGCAGAGUGGGGUGUGUCUAGGGGGAGCAAAGCAGUGCAGAAAUAUAACUAUUCCUCUGAUCAUAAGAAAAUGGGAUCUCUUGGUACCUGCAAGGAGCGUGAAGCUUUCCUAGGGAUUUUGGGUAGCUUAUUCUUUUUUUUUCCCCUUUCUGGAUUGGUUAGAUAUUCAGAGUUGUUUGCAGCUGCAUUCUUCAGAAUGUGUAAUACUAAUGCGAAGAGAGACCUUAGUGUGUAUGUAAACUAUAUAUUUUAUAUAAUGCUCAUAUAUAUAUAUAUACACACUUGCUAUGUAACAUGUAUGCUGGGAAUUACAAGGCGUGUCAGAAGGUGGGAAAAGAAGAGAUGUAAGUAUUUUUUUUCUUUAUAAACUCUCCUUUUGGCUUGGACAAAACGUUGCAAAACAAACGAAUAGAAACAACUGCAGUUAUUUGAGAGACUAAAUGGGGUAUUGGAUCAGAUGACUUCUGCCACUACUCGCAUCAGUGGGAAAGUUGAUAAGUAUCUUCUUGUCUUAUCCAGGCAGGUAUCCACUUGAAUAUGUCAGGUUUUCAAAUGUAUUGCUAUACAGGAAGCAAGUGACUGUUCUCCAUUAAAAGCACUAGCCGUAGUGCAAUAAGCGUUAACGCAAAUUCUCCACUGUUCAUGGAGUUGCUCUUGAUUCACACCCACCUGACAAGAAGUACACAAGAGGUGUAAGACUGAUGCUUGCUUUCUAGGGGUCUGCCAUGCUAUUGUAAACAUUUUAUUUCAAGCUGUGACCCAGAGCACUUCAAUCUGUAUCAUAAAAUAUUUUCAAGGGAUUUCAAAAGACACUCCUUUCUGACAUGGUAUAAACAGUACCGGAAUCUCCAGUGGAAGUCUGUCUAGCAAAUGUACGGCAGCAUAAACCUCUGGUUCACCAUUAUCCUGAGUUACUUAGCCUCACUGGAUGGCUACUUGUACCUCUCUGGCUACGUAGGAUUAAUGGUAUUGCUGUUUGAGUUGGGCUGAACUGGUCAAAAUGGUAUUUUGCUGCCAAAACCAGGCAACCGCAGCUUCCAGUCCUAAAUGGUUUUUGUCAGGAAAGGAGAAGGUUAUGAGCAGAACACUCAAUGCAGGGGAAUAUGGAAGUCUUAACUGUUAGCUGCAAACUUGCAGUGGAGUUUUUAGAGACAUGUUACAAAUGCCAUGUGCGUUUUAUCUGUAGUACUCUGCUAUUGUUAGUAAGGCAAGCUGGUGCCCAUAGCUGUAGUAGUAGUAAGGCAUAGCAAAUGAUUGUUAAUUUGGGGGAGGAUGGAAGUGGUUCACUGAUGUAAUGAGGAUAAGCUUUAAGAAAAAUAAAUCAAGUAUAACUCACUGACCC